AUGUCUUCUCCUCUCCAACCGUAUGAAGCCGUGGCUCUAACAACCCCGGUAGAUCAACUUCAUGUCGUCGUCCAUACACUUGGCGCAGCUACACCUAGAACAAGUGACAAUCACAGGACCAUCUUCCUCAACACGCCGGACGGGAGUGCCAUUCGGAUCAACAUGACCGCGAAGGACACAGAAAGUACCGAGGGACUUUUGAAGUGGGACAGACUGUCGUAUCAACAAAGUGCAUCUCAGAUCCGAAAUGCUAUCAGUGAUAGCAUAGCAUCUACACCGCCCCUUAUCCAAACCACUUCUAGCUCUUCAACUGCUUCGGCUGCGCCGUCGGCUGCGCCGACAACGUCCGGUUCGCCGAAUAAAUAUGACCAGCUCAUCGAAACCGAAAUCAACGCGAGCCCUCAACAAAACAUAACUACACCUAGAGUUAGUGAAGUGAUCAAUUACAUAAACAGCACUGGUCGUGGUCGAUGGACCAAUCUUGUGGAAGAAGCUGGCUCUGUGGUCUUCUUCAGCAAUGAGGAAUGGGCCGAAGCAGAGCAGUUGACCGCGCACAUAUCUUCAAAACAAUAG